CCUCGCUCAAGCAACCACCGACGACAUGAAGCUAUUCGCGACCUCGAUCCCGACAGUCUGUGUCCUAGUGGCAGUGUGUUGCGGGCUACUCAUCCCGGAGCCGACUGGCCCUUACAAGACCGCGUUGCAUCCUUUCCAGCUGGUUGAUGACAGUCGUCUGGACCCAUGGAACUCAUCUCACCCGCGGCGGAUAAUGGUGUCGCGCUUCGACCCAGUUCCGCCCGAGAGGUGCACCCAGACAUGCACUGUCCCCUACAUGAGCCAGUUUCUAGCCGACUCCGAGGACGCCAUCUUCGACACCUACCUAUCCAGCGCCAAUCUUACAUGGCCCAGCGGUGUGCUGUCCCAGCUGGAGCUACAAAUCUGCUGCAACAGGGCUUCUAGGCCCUUUCCCAAUGCUACGCUCGAGUACCCCGUAGUCCUGUUCUCGAGCGGCCUGAAUACUACCCGCUUCUUCUACUCGGCCAUCGCGCAGACCAUUGCUAGCCGGGGUUACACUGUCGUCACCAUGGACCACCCGUACGAGACUGAUAUUGUCGAGUUCCCCGACGGCACCAUCGUCUACGGCGGCAACGUGGUCGCCGACCCCAACAACACGGCGCCCCUGGUGCACGCCCUGGACGUCCGCACCAACGACGCCUCUUUUGUGCUGCACUCCCUCGGAGUCCCCUUCGUCACGGAGACCGACGACCCGGACACCGCGAGGGCCGCUAUGGUGGGGCAGUCGUUUGGCGGCGCGGCAGCCGCGGCGGCUAUGGUGAACGACACCCGCCUCGUCGCGGGCGUCAACCUGGACGGCAUGAUGUUCGGCCCCGUGCUGAACGCUGGGCUCGGCCGUCCCGGGAUACCGCAGUCGUUCCUGGUGUUCGGGUCAGUCGGGCACAACUCGUCGAGCGAUGACUCGUGGGGCAGGUUCCUCGAGACGAUGCACACGUGGCAUCCUGAGGAGUGGGUGAAGGAACUGAGCGUUGAGGGAUCCAUCCACGGGAGUUACGCCGAUUUUGGCGUUAUUGCUGAUGUCGCUGGGUGGCGCGACGAUGAGGGGCUGGUGCAGGCGCUGAUCGGGGACAUUACCGGGGCGAGGACGAUGGAGAUCUUGGCGGCGUAUUUGGAUGAUUUCUUGCAGAUGGCCUUGAGGGGGGAGGAUCAAGGAUUGCUGAAUGGUCCGUCGUCUGAAUUUCCCGAGGUGCAGUUUCUGAGCUGAGUGGUGGGAGAAGACUAGGGGAGGGAGUUCCUAGGAUGCUCGAAGUGACCCAUAGUGAUGUGUCAUCUAGAUCUCCUACAGAACACCAAUUAGCA